GUAUCUAGAUGAGCACUCUUUCGCCGCCGAAACUCGGCUCUUUUUUAUUCGAGUUCCGAACAGCAGCCGAGUCGGAGGUAGAACCCUGCGGAUAACGAUAACCCAACCAACCAGGACCCCUUCUAUAUACGAUCUCUGCUCUCUCUCUAUAUAUAAUACCUUUUGUUCAGUGUUCGUGUCGUGUAUGAAGUGAAAGCCCCAAAAAAGAAAAGAAAACAGCCAGAGAGCAAAGCAAGUUCAAAUCAAAACAAAAUGUAAGAGCAGACCAACAGUACAAAAGUCCCAAGAAAUAAAAAAAUAAAAAUAAAAAAAAAAGAAUAAAAAUCAGCAACGAGCAAAUGCAAAUGAUCGAAAAUAUUGUGUUACAGAAACCGAAUUAUGAAAUUCCCACGUCGGUGUAAAGUGAGAUGAUUUGAGGUCUGUGUUACAAAUCCUUUCCCGUGCCGUCGCCCCAACAUCAUGCUCGACAAAUUCAACACAAACGCAUUCAUAUCGUUUGGACUGGGAUUCAUACUGAUGUGGCUGAGCGAAGCCACGGAAGCCCACAUGAACUACACAGCCAAGCCGCGAGUAGUUCUUCCGCCUAAUUAUGUCAAGGAGAUACGACCGCCCUCGAAGAAGGGCUCCCCAGUGAUAGUAGACUUUAGCAUAUUCGUUGUAGAUAUUAACUCAAUUAACGUAGAGGAUAUGGACUUUAGAGUAGACAUGUUUAUACACCAGCGCUGGCUGGAGUCGCGUCUGGAGAUCCCGGACGACAUCUUCGAGGAGGGCGACGACUACGUGACGCUGCUUCCAGAGGUCUUUGAGAAUUUUUGGCAGCCGGAUCCCUACUUUCUCAAUUCCAAGAUUGCCGAAAUAGCGACACUGACCCACAAGUUCACGUCGGUGACGCUCUACAAGAACAAGACGGUGCGCUAUGCAGCCAGGAUGCACGCGAUCAUCGCCUGCCAGAUGGAGUUCCAGCUGUACCCCAUGGACAUCCAGGUGUGUCCCAUCUACAUCGAGAGCUUCUCGUCAAACAACCAGAAAGUUAAGCUGCGCUGGUCGGACUCCGGGGUAACCCUCAAUCCGGAACUGAAGCUGCUGCAGUACAAUCUCGGCCAGCCCUUGGAACUGGAGGAGAGCGACGGCUAUAUGCCCGAGAAGGUGGGCAACUUCUCCCGCCUCACCGUGUACUUCCGCUUCGAGCGCCAGAUCGGCCACCACCUCAUCCAGACCUUCGCCCCCUCCUCGCUGGUGGUGAUGCUCUCCUGGUUCAGCUUCUGGCUGGGACUGGACGCCAUCCCGGGACGGGUCACGCUGCUGGUCACCUGCAUGCUGACCUUGGUCACAAUGUUCACGGGCGCCGACAUUCCGCCAGUGGCGUACGUUAAGGCCCUGGACCUGUGGAUGGCCGGCUGCAUGCUGUCGGUGUUCGCCGCUCUGGCCGAGUUCGUGGUGGUGAAGGUGCUGGACGUGCAGUACCAGUACCAGGUGAACCGCAUACCCAAGCGCAUCAGCAACAUGGAGAAGGGCCAGUGUGCGACGGUGGCCAGUUGGGAGGGCGGAGCGGUGCGGUCGCGGAAAGCCACUCAAACGCCCACGACACCGGGCCAGACCUCGCUCCAAGGUAAUGGCGGACCGCCAAAGCCGGCAAGGCGGCAGAGUCUACUUUCUGUGGCCUGGACGGAUACGGAUACCGGCGUGGAAAAGAUCAUGUGGCGGGAGAUCGACAAGGUGUCCCGCGCCGUAUUCCCCAUCCUGUUCUUUGUCUUCGUCCUCCUGUACUGGCCGAUACUGCUGAUGAAGUCGUCCUAGGAUUUGGGGAGCUCCAGACUGCACAUGUCUGGACUCCGUUAAAAAGUCGAACGAACGCUAACCCGAUGAUGGAACUAUAACUGGACUGGAUUUAGAGAGCCCAAGUGCAAUGCCAGAGACCGGCCCGCGUCUUUGGAUCUUAAUAUAUCAGCAGGGAGAGCUGUCCUUACACUUACAGCUCCCUGCAAUCGAAGUACAAGAAACCACAAGGAAGUCUACAGUUACCUAUAUAAGUGCGUGCAUGGAUGGGUAUUACCAAAGCCUAGAUGGGGUACAUCGGAUGUACCGAGUAUAUAGCUUAGUUGUCGACUUAUUGCUCACGGAGAAUGUAUUGUUCAUUUGAGUAUUUGCUUUGUACAAAUCCGAUCUUGUAUUCAACAAUACCGAACACUCCCCCAUAUUAUUUAAAGUCUAUGCCACAAUCGAAGAAGUAUACCUAUAUAUAUCUCUCGGACACCGCGCACUCCCAAAGGGUUAAGAGCUUAAGCUACUCUAGGCAUUAAUCAUAAUACCACAUCGAUUUUCGAAAUUUUUUUAUUUAGUUCCGCCUUAUAUACACCGGAUAUUGAACAUAUGUAUAUCACUGUGCUAGCGACAAUACCCCCGAUCGAGAGGGUUGUCCCUACUUCGAAAGUAUACACUCUCAACAACUGCGAGCUACACGCAAAUCAUUUUCUGGCAAAACGAUUUUAAUUCAACUUUUGUAUUAGGCUUAAGCAAAUCAGCCAAGACAAUGGAAUUGGUGCUUUACGGAGAUAAUAAACAAAAUGGCCUCUAAGGAUAUUUGGAUUGUAAAUAACGAAACGAACAGUGAAUGCUUUUAGAGAUUUUUACAUAUUUAGAAUUAUUUAUCCAUUAUAGCGCAUUUUAAUGCAAACAUUAGAGCUGUGGCUUUUACAUCUAAUACUAAAAAUUGACCUGUAGUUCAAACAGCGCACAUCAGGCAAAAUUUUUGAAAAUAUGAACAUACAUAUAUAUAUUUGUUAAGCUAAAUCGAGUUUAUAUUUGAUAUGAAAAUACGGACACAAUGUAAAUACAUUACAUCACCACUAUAUAUUACAUGCAUAUAUAUUUAUCUAGGAUCGUAACCGCUAUACCAAGUUAAGUUUAUAUAAAUAUCUAUAUUCUUUCCAUCUUUUAAGUUAUGUUGUUCACUCAGCUACUCGUAGUUCAGUGAACCCUCUAAUAAUGUUAUCGAAAAGCUUUAAAUUUAUUCUUAAUAAAAGACAAGGCGCGUACAUCUAUCAAACAAA